AUGCCUGAAAAUAAGAAGAGUGGAAUAAGAAUACGCUACGUGAAGAACAUUUUGAAUGAGCCAUUUGAGAAGAAGGAGAGAAGAGCACCGCUGAGUGCGUAUGAGAAGCUGAUGAAGAGAGCUGAGAAGGAGUCAGAGGAGGAUGAGCACGACAGUCUCGAAAGAAUGGAGAGAAUGGUAGCACAUGAGUUCAAAACUGUUGAGAAUUCGUCUCGAAUAAAUUUAACAGGUGAAUUUGAGGACAAGGUGAAACCAGUCAAAAUGGGUUGGAUGAAGCGUAUUGUGAAACUGAUGAAGAGGAAGAAGGUUGAGGAAGAGCAAGCGAGUGAAGACAGGACACUGUUGGAAGGUGUACCAUACGAAAAUGUAGAUGUAAAUAAGAAUAGAAGCAAAAUGAGUAGAAUAGGGAAGUGUGUCCAGGUUGUAGUGAAUAAGAGUGUGAAACAGACGUGUAAAAUAGCAAAGAGCAUCUCAAGAAAGAUGAAGCAGUGA